AUGGUUGCCGUGGUGUUUCCCAUGGCUCCACCAUUUGGAUGGAUCGAGUUCAACCGGGGCAAGCGCGUCGUGCACCAGGAGUUUUUCCGGGAGCUGUUCCUGCAGACUUUUCCUGCAGCCGGUGUUGCAAGGCCGCACCUCAUUGAUGACGCUGUCGAUACGAUACCGGACACGAGGUUGAUUGUGAACGACAGAAAUUUCGACGGGGAGCACUACAGCCUGAUGACCAACAAUUGCAACCACUGGUUGGUCUUCUUUCUUCGAAAUGAGCACAUUCCCGCGGACAUAUACAAGCAACCUCAGCUGGCGCAGUGA